UUCAAGACUAACAUUGAAUGUCUAGGUCUGGGACCACGAGAUGGACACCUACAGCGACCCGCUCGGCUUCAAGAACUACGGCUUCGACCAAGUGAUCGACGGCAAGGGCAAGAUCAACUACUGCGUGCGCUGGGACUCGACCAAGUCGGUCACCGCCAGCCAGCGGGAAGGCAUCGAAGCCGCCGUUCGCAAGGGCUUCAACAAGUGGAUCGAGAAGCUCGCCGGCUUUGAUGGUUUCCCCUACGAAACCGUGGAUGUCAACGUCGUUGGCUAUGCCGUCAAGGACAAGUCUCUUCUGGAAGGCGACACCUCCGGCAUCGAGGUCUACACCACCACCGACGCCGACGGAAUCCCCGAGUGUGACCCUAAGUGUGGACGAUUCUUCCACCAGGAUGGUGACUACAGUGCCUGCGAGGCCGGUGCUGACCGUCACUACGGUAAGUGGCUGUUUGCCCCAUCUAUUCUAUUAGGCCGCACCGAUUGACAGCUUCAUAGACCAGAGCCUGUGGCUCAGCGAUGACUUCGAGGGUGGUGCCGGUGGUGACUGGGGCCAGCGUGUUGGCCAGCAAUACUUUGUUGAGAGCUUGGACCAGGAGAACCAGCACAUCUACCUGCACGAGAUCGGCCACACCUUUGCCUUGGACGAUUUCUAUGACUGGACCCCCACCGGCCAGGACAGCUUCAUCAUGCUGGCUGGAAGCGCCACGGAGAUCACCGAGUUCGACGCAUGGAUGGCCCGUGACUGGUGGCGCAACCUGAAGGACCGCUACAGCCUGUAAGGGUAUCGUGUGUCGGCAUGGAAACUCGUAAUCAACAUCAC